UUUAUGAAUUAUUCCUGCUUCACUCUUUCACAAUACCAUAUCAGUAUCCUGAGGAUUGAUAAAAUAGCCUAAUAUUGACAUGGUUAGUUCAAAUGGUCCAUGCGUGAGGGUGACAAUAUUUGUUUGCAUUUAGGAAUAAGAGCUGUGGAUAAGGUUGCCACAGUAACUUUUGGUCUAGUUUUGACACACCCUGACUCUAAUAUUUCUCAACUGUUAAUGUGAAAUCCAGUGCUACCCCUCCAGACACACUUGAGUGGUUUUAGUGGUUAUUCUACAACAGAAUCAAAGGAAAGCAAUUUUAGUUCUUGCAAAAGUAAAAUUUUGAUACACAGUUACUCAAGCAUUGUGGUUUACAGAAUAAAGAUGUCACCGUUGGUGUUGGCAGUCGGAGCGUGCUUAGCUGGGUGGGUCGCUCUGUAUGCUUUGCUGUGUUACACUAAUGGCUCUUGUAGCUAUGAAUGGAACUGUCGUCUAGUUACACUAUUCCAUGGCAUCCUUGCAGUCUGUAUAACUGCUUACAUUGGAUACAUAGAUGGACCAUGGCCUUUCACCUACCCAGGUACAAAGAACACCCCUCUGCAGAUCACUGCCAUGGUGGUCAGUCUGGGCUACUUCAUCUUUGACAUGGCCUGGUGUGUGUACUUCCGUACAGAAGGCCUGGUGAUGCUUGCCCAUCACACCAUGAGCAUCUUGGGUAUAAUGCUAACACUGUGGCUGGGUGAGUCGGGUAUUGAGUCCUGCGCAGUGCUGUUUGGCAGUGAGAUCACUAACCCCCUCCUCCAGACUCGUUGGUUCUUGAAACACUCUGGCCGCUAUGACAGCUUCCUUGGAGAUGUGGUGGAUGUUCUGUUUGUGCUGUUGUUUGUGUUCAUGCGGAUAUUCGUUGGUGGCAGCAUGCUGUACUGUGAGCUGAUCUCUCCGAGACCCAAGUUCAUCAUUAAAUGUGGUGGUGUGGCCAUGUACGUCCUGUCUUGGGUGUUUAUGGCUGACAUUGCCCGUUUCGCAUACCGCAAAUCCCAGUCCAAAUACCAGCUCUGGAUGAAUCAACAGAGAAUGGCAGGUGUCAACAGGCAGGAUGUGAAGAGAGACUGAAAGAUCUCUUAUAUACAACGGAAGCGUUGGAAUCAGAACAUACCAGCUAAUACAGUGCUACAGCUAAUGUUUUGAUGUUUACAUAUUUUUUUAAACAAUAUCAACCAAUAAAAAGUUGAUUUAUGGUUGUUAAAUUUAUACUUUCAAUAUACACAUGGGAAAACAUCUGUGCCGUAUUAAAGCCCUUAAUAGUUUUCCAUGUUUUAUUAUUUGCCAUUAUGAUUAAUUGAAGAUUGACAAAAAUCUUACAAUCAAAUCUAAAGCGAUAUAUUUGUACUCAUAAGGUAUAAAGUGUUUAAACUGCUUAGUAAUGGAAAUAUUUGAUAUUUUUGUAAUCGGGUGUACUGCUUGUGAUAAAUGAAUUGUUACUAUUAAUGUUGCUAUUACAUUCUUUUUCAUUACAUUUUAGUGUUAAUGUGGAAAAUUCAGAAAUGACCAAGAAACACUACUAAAUGUGUGUAAGAUUGCUAAUAAUUUGUGUAAGAUUAAUGACUCGAAUGGCAAAACAAAUCCAGAGAGAAAAACAAAAUAUCUGUUCUGUACUCAUUUUGAAAUUGUUGAGUGAAGGCUUUUGGCGCCUAUUUGCAUCAGUUAAUCCUCUGUCAUGGUGAUCUGACCACACCACUGGAUGAAAUCAAUAAACAAUGUCAUCAUUAUUACAAUAAAUCAGUUCUU